AUGACUUCCAUCUUGCAGCAGUUACAGCCUUGGCUUGAUUCUUGGUUGCCGCCUUUCCUUUUGGGAGGACUCAAACAUCGUGAUGCUCGUGAAGCUCAUGAGCUCUUGCAUCACGACAUCUUCCAAGCUUUGCAGACCCAUCGAAAAUUCUUUGGUGCAAAACUGGACAUUCGCAAGUGCUUUGACUCUGUGUCGCCAUUGCAGGCCAUCCAUGCGUGGGAUCAUUUGCAAGCUCCUACCGAAGUUACUGGUUUAUUGCGGUUUUUCUAUUCCUUCUCUGCUCGACGUUUUGAGUCUCAAAAAGUUUGUGCAGCUACGGAAUUCACUUGUUCUACAAGCAUCUUACAGGGAUGUCCGGCGUCGCCUGCUUUGUUGGCUGGUCUCAUGAGCGUUUGGGGUUUCCAUGUCCUUCGGCGUGCUGCGGUGUCAAUUUCUGGGUACAUCGAUGACCGUACGGUUUGGGCACUUGGUAACAACGGACAACAGAGGGUGGUGGAUGCAUUGGUUUGUACUCAGCAAAUCGAUCUGGCUAUGGGCUUUUCUUUCCAUGCAGACAAGUGUGAACUCUUCGCUACAGGAAAACCAUCUUGUACUAUUUUGAAGGCCGCCGCGGUAAACUCUGACUUUCACUGGCCGGUGGUGGGCUCUUUCAAGUUGCUUGGUGUCCAAUACAACCUGUCCAGGCGUAAAUUUACUCCGCUUGCUGAUCGUAUUCGGAAUCAUGUGUUGCAGAGGUUAGCUCGCAUUCGCAUUACGUCUCGUCUUCUGCUUUGGGCUUGCCACUUUGGUGCUCAUUUGGAUCCUGAGUUUGUGAUGGAUUUCUCGGUCAUUCGUCAUGAACUGUGGAAACUGUCUCCUAGUGCACAGGCACUGCGGACGCGGGUUUCUUCUUCUCCAAGGCUCCGUGAAGUGCUCAGCAAGUGGCAGUGGCAACAAGUGUACGCCGCAUGCAUCGUGGCCAAAGUCUCCAACUUAUUGGAUAUUCAGCUUGACCUUUUGACUGACAGCAUGUUCGUCCUUCGCCUUUGGGAAAGGACUCUUCAGCCAUGUUUCUAUUUGGCACCGUGGCGCGUGCUGAAGGAUGCACAAUUGCGGUGCCAUUGGGCUUCUUCUGACUUGGUGGCGAUGUAUCCUGGUGAUUCUACGGCUGCGUGA